AUGGAGGGACACGGCAUCGAUGACUAUGAUAAGGGUCCACCGCCGCCGCAGCCACACCCGCGUCCUCCUGGCGCCGCCAAACCCGAGUCCGGCGACUGGCUGGCAGCGGCGGGGAACUUUAGAACCCCCCAGCGCUACUCAAUCCCCAGCGUGCCCAUGACCACCUUUGGCCACGGCCUGCCCCAACAACCAUACCCACCGCCGCCGCCUCAAUUUGAAUUGACCCCAAUGUACCAGGCGCCCAUGGUCCAGCAGCAGUUCUCCUCGCCUCUUCACUAUCGGUUUCCUCCGCAUCCGGCAAUGGUGCCGGCGGCGCCUGUCGGCCCGCAACCGCCAACCAUGGCGCAACAAACCCCCCACCAUCAGGGACCGACUCAGGCGCUUCAUCCUGGAGCACAUUCAGGUCAGUAUGAGCUGCUCAUGCCGCCACCAAACAUCCUGCUGCCGGAGAUGUCGCUGUCAAAAAGCCGCAAACGUACUCGUAAAGAUUCAGUGUCGCUUCUCGAUGACGGCGAUAACGAACUUAAGCAAAUGGCAUAUGCCGCCGCCGCCGAGACUAACUUACAGGAGCUUGCUGCUCGCAUCAAGCUGAUGGACACCGAGGAUUUGCGGCUGUAUGGUACGCAAACUGGCGUCACCGGUAGCCCUGGCACUGCUCAGCAUGAUCUUGCGGUGCACGGACGUGAAACUAAAGAACGUCAGCGGCAAGUAUUUGGCAUGGUAUGGUUAAUUAAUCUGUGCGAUGCGCUGCCAACGGCGGUAGUGCCGAGAAAUCGCAUUUACGCCCGCUAUGCCAUGGUGUGCGCCGAUAACAACUUGCUGCCAUUGCUGCCGGCUCUGUUUGGUAAACUCGUCCGCAUCCUUUUCCCCAAUUUGACCACCCGACGGUUAGGGAUGCGCGGCCAUCUGAAGUACCAUUACUGCGGGAUCAGGCUUAACAGCGACCUGAACGUUGCAUCACUGCUGGCGGGGCGAGGUCACCACCGCAGUACCCUGCUGUUUGGUCUGAUUCUGAGCCUUGCCGCCAUUGCGGCGCUGCCGGGGCUGCUGGCUCAGCUGCUGCCCCGCUCCCCUGACGAUGGGGAUCAUACAUAUCAGCACACGCUGCUGCCCAAGCAUUUCAUCACCGUCAACUCGCCCCAAGUGGAACGGCUGACGGUUCUCGAGCAUCAAGUGCCGCUGGUGGCGCACUUGGCCUAUAUACCCGACUUGUUCUCCGCGGUAGAGCAGCUUAACCUGAUACCGGGAGGCAUUGAGCUUCCCCCCAUAUACCCAUACGUGCCCCCAGGCACCGACGCCGAUAUAGCUGAUACAUUAUACCUGCUUUACAAGGUGCACAUCAAUGCAUUGUUUGAGCUGUUGCGGUACAUGCAACUCAAACCGUUUUUUGCUUCAUUUUCGAACUUCAACUCCAUUUUAACUGCGCCGGUGAUAAAGCUUUAUACCAGUGAGCCAAUCGUGCGAUGGAUCCAGCAAUGUGAUCUUUUGUUGUACAAGCGGAUGAUUUGCAUGCUCACUCGGCUCCAGCUUCUGGCUAAUUUGCACCCAGAAGUGGUGGUGAUGCUUAAACAAGUUGCCGACGGAUUUGUCAAGGCGAUGACGACCAACUUGGUCAACCACAAGACUGGCAGAUCGUUGUUGCAAUGCAAACUCGUCCUUGCCAAGUCGUUUACCAAUUUGUUGGUGAGGUUGAUCAAGGUGAUUGAGACUGGCCAAGCCGCGAUGCGCAUUUUACGCGACGAAGACGAUAAGCGCAAUAUGCUCAGCGAUUGGAUGCAGCUUGACCUUGAUCAGAUCAUAUACCGUGAACUUGGCUGUAGUGAUGCCAACUUGGCGGUAGUCCAGAAAGUACUCAAGCAGGAUGUGGUCGAGUUGCUUUCGUCGUCGGAAACCCCCAAGCAGGUGAUGACGCUGAUCGUCAACUACCUCGCGGACUUACCCGGUAAGUUCACCAACGUUAACCCGCGGCUCUUCAUCAUCUUGGCGCUGAAUUUACUCAUGACGUGUUUGCGAGAAAUUUCUAUCAGUCUGAGUAAAGGCAUUGGCGCCUGGUGGGUGAUGCGGGUGUGGGUAGACGAACGCAUUUUGUGGUCUUAUGAACUUGGAGGGUUCUUAGAAGACGACAUUGCGCGACUUCAACCGACACGCGUUUCUCAAUCGUCACCACAAGCGGCUGCCAAUCCACGGCCGCCACCAGCUCCGGCGCAACUGCAAACAUCGCCGUCAGCUUCAGCACCGUCACUGGCGCCCCCUCCUCGCGGCAACCUAGAGUCGUUAAAUCGAGGUGGCGAAAUGAGCGGUGGUGGCGACGGCGGUCCGGCAAACUCGUCAUUUGGCACCAUUGAUUUGAUGGACUUUUCCCUUGGAUGGGACGCUACCAGCGAGCCCCCAGAAUCAUCGUCUCACAAGCGGGGCGACCCGGCGACGGCGCCGGCUCCGCCUGACAUGCUUUUGAACUACGAGACUAAUGAGAUUUUUUUGGGUUAA